AUGCUGCGUCUUACAUUACGGUGUCGCCGUUAUCCAUUUAAUAAGCGAGGCCCUCGUGAACGCAAGUCUUGGAAGCAUCACGUUCUUACUGAGCCCCCGAAGCCCAUUCAAUGGCGUGAUCCAAAAGUUUGGACAAAAGACUUGAUCGAAAUGAAGAGCUUCGAUCCUCCACAAUGGGAUCUUUGGCUCAAUAGAGCUCGUUCUGAAGAUAUGGAUGAAGUCCUUCAACCUUUUAUGGACAUGCCUCAAUCUCUCAAAGAUCGACGUUAUGACGUACCGUGGUGGGCGAACCCUUUUGGGGCGUGGUAUCUACAGAACGUGCUUUCAGUUGAGCUGCUGAAGCUGCCAAGUCGGACGAAUGCGGAGAAAAUAGCCAUUUAUCGAAGCCAAAGAAACUCAUCAUUACAAAAUAUGGAAAAGGGGUCACCUGUAAAUGACGAUGUGUUGAUUAAAAACAUUAUCAAGGAGCGGUGGCGAACGCUAGAAUUUGGCGAUCAUGAAGCUGGGUUUCCUUGUACAUUUAGUGAUUAUAUUCAAUUUCUAAACGAGUGGUUUAAGUCUUUAGAUGAGGAGGGUAUGCAGCGCUUACGCGAGCAUUUCGAUCGUCGAAUUCGGCCUCUUCUUGCAGUCAUGUCGCACGUUGAUUUGUUGUGGCUUGAGGCCCUGACGCAGAACAACGUACAAAACAAGGAACUAUUAGAACGCCGCAUAGGUUUCCAAACGUCUUUGGGUACUCCAGAGUUUUUUGACAUCUCCAAACGCCUUCGGUACGAAAUCAAUGAAGAUUACAAAGUGCGCGAUGAGCUUGGACCAGAAUUAUUUGCGUUGUGGAGCAAGGCUCCUGAGCGAUGGCCACCUGAGCGACUGGCGAAAAUGUAUGGGCUAGAUUUUACACUAGUCCGUAAGCUUUUAGUCUGGCAUCACUUUAAAGCAUGCUACGAUGCUUGUGUGGAGCCGGAUUGGUCACUGCCGAAGCGUCUUUUUGCGCUCGAGUGGAUCCGUGACGUACGUGCCAGAAAACAAGGGAUGUUCUACGGCAAAUUGCGCUUCGCAGAACAAAAAAUAACCUUUUACAGCGAUAAGUUUCUUUUCCGGGAUCUGGUCAACCGCCGUGAGGCUAGCUAUGCUAACGUAUGGGAGAUGGACGAUCCUUAUCGUUUUUUGCAAACUGAACAAGAUUAUGAAGACUACUGGGGAGAUAAUUAUGAUCUUUACCGUCGAAUGUUUCCUGAAAUGAUUGGGCGCACUGGUGAGCCGGUGCAGCAGUACAGCCAAAUGCCUAUUUGGGCUGGUCCACAUCGCGACCAUGCUAACAAAUCCGAGUACAACUGGAUGUUCGCAGAGAUCGGCGUUAACGUGGGUCAUGAGCCCUUGAAAAAGCUAGAGUUGGAUCCUACAAACGAGAAAAGACGUCGAUUUGUAAUUCGCCAGCCGGACGGCUCGCUCCGAUCGGCAAAGAUGUCAGAGAUGCGAGCAUGGUACUGGAAGGAAGAAUGGGCAGACUUCCGCUUUUGGGCCCCUAAUAUGGAGUGGGGUAUCGAGAAUACUCCUUACCUAGAACAAUAUCAAGAACACGUACCGGAUACGCCUGAUGCGGACUUCCGAAAACAACGACGUAUUCAAUCUCGUCCUGUGAAGUGGUUUUAUGAAAGUCAUUACACGCGAACUGGAAACUUUGCAGGAUUUGAGCCCACUCGUUUUAUGCAACGGAGAACUAAACGUGAGGUUCGAUGGCCUGAUGUGAUAAAUGCAGCUGUGCAAAUCCAGAAAUCCAAACCUAGCGCUCACGUCUUCAAAGCGAUUCCUGAAAUUUAG